GUUUAACCGAUUUAAUAUCAUUUGUUUAUUUUUGAUUUCAGAUUUUGUUUGAUCUGCUAAAGUGCUUCGUUAUGGAAAAUAAAAACUGUUUUUUGGAGAUUGAUUUCGACAGACUGCCCUGUCAGACAAACAUAUAUGGCGUUACGAAAAUUGCUCCAACCGCUACAAACCCAUCUAGUAAAUUGCUUGUAGCUUUGGCGAACGGAAAGAUAUAUAUGUGUGAUCAUCAAGAACACUCGAGUAAUAUCCAGAAAGGUAGCAAAGAGGUUCCGUUCACUUACAUACCACCAAAGUGUCAUGUUAUAUCUAUUGACAGCUUUAACUGCGGUGCAAGGGGUUUAAUCAUUGGGGUGACAUUCGCUGAAGAAUCAGGCGAAAAUUUCCUCAACAUUUAUUGCAACUAUGGCGACAACGUACCAGAAUUUCAUGAAAGAGAUUUGGAAAACUUGGCUUACACUUUUAAGAGCUUUGCGUUAACUUUUACCCCGUUUCAACUGACACACCGGAAAGUGAAACGUUGUAAUGAUGAUUCAUCACGAUCGGUAUUUAUUUUACUUGGUGACGAUAAAUUUCAUGUUUAUUCGCAAAUAAGCGAUGAUGUCGAAUUCAUAGAGGACGAAAUAAAAGACUAUUUUGUCGAGCUUGUAGUUUGUGAGAGCGUACCAACGUAUUUGGAGAUUUAUGCUGUUGACCAAACUACAAGAGUCACUGCUGUUGGUUACGCUAACGGGAAAAUUUGUUUGUUUUUGGUUGAUUGUACCACCAAUACUAUUAUAAAGUCAUGGAAAAUCCAACAUUCAAGUAUUAUCUCACAGUUAGUGUUGUAUCCUGAUAAUAGAAAUCAAAAAGAUGAAUAUGCCAACUUUAUGUUGGUGGUUGCAAGCACAAGGGAAGAAGCAGUCGUGUAUUCUGAUGUAUUAAACCUGGGGUUUGAAAAACCUGUUAUACUGCGCUCUAGUGGUGAUGGAGAUUGCGUCACUUGUUGUGCAGUUGGGCGUGACAAUUGUGACGGAACAAUAGAGAUUGUUAUUGGAACUUAUGAUCAAAGAAUCCUUCUUUAUAAAAACUUUUCCACCCCAAUUGUUGAACCAUCAUGGGUAAAACAUUUUGCUCACCCAGUGUUGAAGACUGAGCUUUGUGACAUCACAGGCGAUUACAUCACAGAACUUAUUGUUUUCACAACAAAAGGAAUUCAUAUUCUUCAAAGAAACUUGCAUAAUGUGUUGAAUGUUUAUAAAAAUGUUUUAAAAAACGAGAUAAUUGAUGCUAAAAAAGACUAAAAUAGCAUAAAUUUCAGUAAGGGUGAGGUCCUCAUAGCAUGGGACCUGGGAUUUAGACCGGAGUUCUACCAUUAGCCCAACACCCAGGGUGCUAUAACAUAAAAUUCAAGAUUAAACGAUCAAACCUUAUUUUUCAUCGCAAUCAUUAAAACAAACAUUUAUUAUUUUCUUUGUUGAUAUUUCUUGAAGCGAUGUUUCUAAUAUUUCCAAAUGUAUCUGCCAUAAUUUUAAUACAAGUUCAAUGUGUGAAGUG